GAUAUUUUGGUAAGACAUCAGGAAGUGCGGAAGAGGGCGAAGCAACUGAAACAAGAGGGGCCCAACUUUCGGCAACUUUUUUGUUUUAUUCGACGAGUUUUUUGUGGGGUUUUCAGCCAGAACUUUGUUGUUGGGCCUCCGAAGAACAAAUUAAAGAUGCCGAGCCUGGAAAAAAAUCUUUUCAAUCUAAAGUUUGCUGCCAAAGAGCUCCAAAGAAAUGCAAAGAAAUGUGACAAAGAGGAAAAAGUAGAAAAGGCAAAAGUCAAGAAGGCCAUCCAGAAGGGGAACACGGAAGUGGCGAGGAUCCACGCUGAGAACGCCAUCAGACAGAAAAACCAGUCUGUGAACUUCUUGAGGAUGAGCGCUCGAGUCGACGCAGUGGCAGCCAGAGUCCAGACGGCAGUUACAAUGAACCAGGUCACAAAAUCUAUGGCUGGAGUGGUGAAAGGCAUGGAUGCCACUUUGAAGAGUAUGAAUCUCGAAAAGAUUUCUGCUCUCAUGGACAAAUUUGAGCAUCAGUUUGAAACUCUGGAUGUUCAGACAGCCCAGAUGGAAGACACCAUGAGCAGCACAACAACUCUCACAACACCACAGAAUCAAGUGGACUCAUUGCUGCAUGAAAUGGCCGAUGAAGCAGGUUUGGACCUGAACAUGGAGCUCCCUCAAGGACAGACAGGAUCAGUGGGUACCAGUGUAGCCUCUGCAGAACAGGAUGAACUGUCUCAAAGGCUUGCCAAACUCAGAGAUCAGAUGUGAAGAACAGCUGCUGUGGAGUAGCACCAGAACGCAGAGUUCUACAACACUGAUACACACUACCUGAAUAUAACUCCUUCUAAUUGAUGCCAUGUCUGGGUUUCCCUCGUUUUUUCAUAUUCUGUCUGUUGAAAAGCAACUAGAGAAUAAUUCUUCCCUAAGGUUAAUGGUGCCUGUUGGUUUUUGACAUCCAAUUUCAUGUUAACAAAAAACUUUAAUUGGAAAGAUUCUAAUGAAAAUAAAAGACAUGAUGUGUGUGGAAAAUAUUUAUAUACACUUACAAUAUUUACAAUAAGAAAAUCAAUUAGAAUUAUUACCUUUUAUUUAUCACUUAUUUCAAGAAAUACCCUCCAGGUUUUGUAUAUUAGUUUUGUUUUUUGUUUGUUUGUUUUUCUUUCGGUUUGCAUAUUUGGGGCAAAAUAUGCAUAUUUCAUUUCUGGGACUGUUGAAAUAUAUUUCUUCCCCUUGGUGAACUGUCUUUUUGUGUUGAUUUAUUCAAUUUUCUUUGUGAUCAAUAUUUUAAGAAGGUGGAAGGUUACGUUGUCUGCUUCUCUGGUCACCUUAAUUUUCACUCAUUUUUUGGGAAGCUUUAAAAUUAAGAGAAUGACCAAUAAAGUUGUAUAAUACCCAUA